AUGGCAUCGUUCUUCGACAACAAGGCCAGAGCCAAAUUGGCAGCCGAGAAGGGCUCCAGCUCUACAAAACCUGGAGUAGAGACCACUGUCGCACCACGAAUGCAACCAUGGGUUGAGAAGUACAGACCGAAAACUCUUGAAGACGUAAAGAGCCAGGACCAUGUUGUUGACGUGCUUCGACGCAUGCUCAACAGCGCUUCUCUACCACAUCUUCUCAUGUAUGGACCUCCUGGAACAGGCAAGACUAGUACGAUAUUGGCAUUGUCGCGAGAAUUGUUUGGCCCUGAGCUCUUCUCUUCCAGAGUACUUGAACUUAAUGCUUCGGACGAAAGAGGUAUCACAGUCGUCCGAGAAAGAAUAAAAGUGUUUGCUCAGCAGGCUCUCAUGCACGCUCCUGCAUCAAAAGAAUAUCGCGAGAAAUAUCCAUGCCCUCCAUUUAAGAUCAUCAUCCUGGACGAGGCGGACAGUUUGACACAAGAUUCGCAGAGCGCAUUGAGAAGAGUUAUGGAGAACUACGCCGCUGUCACACGAAUUGCGUUCUGCUGCAAUUAUGUUACGAGAAUAAUCGACCCCAUUGCCUCGAGAUGUUCCAAAUUCAGAUUCAAAGCACUAUCGGGAGGAGCUUCACACGGCCGAAUAGCUGAGAUAUUGAAGGCCGAAAAUGUUGCUUACGAAGACGGAGUUGUUGAAUUGACCUUGAAGUUGGCCGACGGUGAUCUUCGAAAAGCACUACAAUUAUUACAGAGCGCUGCAAGAUUGGUCGGUGCUACAGCUACUGUACAGAAUGGGCAGUCGAAUAAAAAGAGCAAGAAAUCAAAAAUUGUGGAUGAUGAGGAUGAAGAGAUGGUGGACGUGGACUCGGACAAGCCUCCUCCGCGGACCAUUACUCCUGCCAUUCUCAACGAGAUUGCGGGUGUUGUACCACCACAAGUGGUGGACGAUCUGGUCUCUGUCAUGAUGAAAGGCGCUACUCAGAACUACAAACGUAUUUCUACCGCUGUGGACGAUCUAGUCGCUUCGGGCUGGGCUGCAACAGAAGUGCUCUCUUCUCUGUACCAGAAGCUCAUAUAUGACGACUUGAUAUCUUCACAGAAGAAGUGCAAGAUCCUGCCAAUUCUAUCUCUCAUGGACAAGCGAUUACUUGAUGGGAGUGAAGAGACUCUUUCUAUACUCGACAUGGUCUGCCAGAUCUCAAAGGUGCUUGCUGCCAAGUGA